AUAAGGCAAAUUCAGCGCUUAAUUAAGUGUUGCGCCCAUGGAGCUCUCUGGUGCUAGAGGGGAUAUACAGUACUGGUGGGCUUAUCCAUAUGCACGUCGCACUGUAGUUUAGUUCUUUCCCAACAGCUCUUCCAGCAGUCUCUGGUCUCUCUCUGCUGUAUCCAACAGCAUGGGAAGCAAAAGAAAGAAAGCUAGAACUUCUCCAACAUGAGGUAAUUUAAUUGAUGAAAAACGCAUGCUGGCUGGCUGCAAAUUUAAACAGACGCGUCAGAAUACCCAAGCUUUUUUUCUCUUCAACGUUUUGGGACCAGCCUCUAUUUGCGUUUACGGACCCCUUUAUAUGGAAAGGUCCUGCUUGCAAUUAAAACCUUUUCCUGACAUUAACAACUUAGACUUUUACAGCUGUGCGUUCAAGGAGGAAGACUGUACACUGUGUACACCACUUUAUUCCAAGGGACUGAGUGUUCAAUAAAGACUCACCAAUAUUUUCAUUUUCUUGCUCUUGCGUAAAGGGAAAUUCAAGGCAAGUAUGGAAGUUUGUAAAGGUCGUUUACUUGGUAUCUCAGUCGCUGUUGCUCAUGGAUUUUUCUCGGGAUCGUUGAACAUUUUACUAAAAUUUCUCAUCACGACUUAUAACUUCAACUACCUCACUCUCAUCCAGUGCCUCACCAGCACGCUGGCAGCGAUUACACUGGAGAUUCUGAGGAGACUGGGAAAAGUAGACAUACCUCCGUUCAGUCUUCAACUAGCCAAAGUCUUCGGAGGUGUUUGUAUUCUGUCCACAUUACAGUCCACUCUAACACUAUGGUCUCUCAGAGGACUGAGUCUACCCAUGUAUGUGGUUUUUAAACGGUGUCUACCGUUGGUCACCCUAGGCAUCGGCGUGUGCGUUCUGAAGAACGGUAUCCCGUCAGUGGGGGUCAUAACGGCGGUGCUCAUCACUACUGGAGGAGCAGCUUUAGCUGGGUCUGGUGACGUGACGGGUGACACGUUUGGCUACGUGACGGGUGUCCUGGCUGUGAUCAUCCACGCCUCCUACCUGGUCUUGAUCCAGAAGACCAGCACAGACAGUGAAUAUGGCCCCCUCACGGCCCAGUACUCCAUCGCCAUUAUGGCCUCCCCAGUUCUCUUAAUCUGCUCCAUUGUCAGCAUGGACUCCAUCAACAUGUGGAGCUACACGGGCUGGAGUAACCCCUUCAUCUCAGGCAUCUUCUCCCUCUGCAUAGUCAUCGGCUGUGCCAUGAACUUCACCACGCUCCAAUGCACCUACAUCAACUCGGCCGUCACCACCAGCUUCGUGGGAGUGGUGAAGAGCAUUGCCACCAUCACAGUGGGCAUGGUGGCCUUCAGCGACGUGGAGCCCACCAGCCUGUUUGUUGCCGGCGUUGUGGUCAACACUGUGGGUUCCAUCACCUACUGCAUCGUCAAGUACUUUGAGACCAGGAGGAAGACCCUCUACCAGGACCUGGAGGAGCAAAGCAAGGACGAGAGUCUGCCUGGACAAACUUACAUUGAGAAGAAGCCUCCCAACGGAGACCUGGAGCCCCUGCCCAAAUGGUCACGGAUGGUCCGAAGCCUCAGUGACUACCCACUUCCAGACACCAGCAACAGCAUGGAGUCUGUAGAACUCCAGAGAGAGGCCUUUCAUAACGAGAACCAGGCCAACCAGUCUGUGAGUGACAGUUACCUAAGGGUGUGGAGGUCCAUCCGUAACCUGCAGUUCUCCAACAAAGACACCUUAAUAGAUAAUAUGGAGGUGCAGAGCCCUUAAUGGGGAAUCACUCUAAUUUCAAAGGGUGCAUGUUUGGUCAGUCUUUUCUGUUUGUAUGUUUUUUCUGUUUGUUUGUAAGACUGGUUGGACAUUGGGCACUGAUUUAAUGUUUAGAGAUCCGUAUUUUUCUCAUGAACAUGCGCUUAUGGAAGCAGCAAAGUAUUUUUGAGAAGAUGGAGUGUUUAUAUGAAUUGGAAAGAAUAUACUGACUAUUUAUAAAAGCAUUUAUGUUUAAAUGUUUUAUAUGGAUUUAUCACUCAUAUUAAUAACAGGUGAAUAGUUGAUGGUAAAUUGCUAAAACUAGGGGUCAAAGACAUCUGAUACCAUAAUAAUGGAAUACCUCCCCAUCUUCCCCCAACCACUAUUUUGCUGUAUGGUGAACAAAAUGAAUUGUCCGUGUGACAGUGCAUUGGGUAAGGUAUGUUAUAAAAAGAUGAAUACCAGUUGUUGUAUGAAUCAUUUUAUUUGCACAUAAUGUUACUGCCUGUCCAGAUUCUGUAAGUGAAGAGCAAUAGCAACUGACAUUUGCAUGUACAAUGCAAAGUACAUUUAAAUGUUUUUAUGAAACUCUUACACUGUGAUGUUGGCCUCUUCUUUAUGAUAAAUCCAUUACAUUGAAA